GGUAGGAUUUAUUUGUGAUUGGAGGGAUUUCACCUUUGAGGAAAACUGUACUGACCAAGUAAAACUUGGUGAAGGAAGCCUGAGUUAUUGGGUAAUUUAGGAAUAUUGGGAUUCUUGGUGAUGGAUCUUUAUAAUUACAGACUAAGCCUUUUUGCUAUUCAUAAAGUAUUUUUAAGAUAAGAAACCUAAGAAAUUGCUCGUUGUUGGUUAAAAAUAUCUUAAACUUAUUAGGUGAAAAUAGAACUUUUCUUGUAGUUUAUAAUAUUUUUAUGUGGAUUCAUAUCCAGAACUCAAUGUAAGCAUACUUUAUUUUUAGUAUACCUCAUAGAGAAUUAACCCUUCACACUUAAAAAAAUUACUAGAAGAUCUGUGGGACUAGCUUAACAAAAUUAAUUCAGGUUCAUAAAGGAAGGCCCUGGCUUUGGAAGUUAUUUAAUGGGAAACUUGGGUGGAAAAUACUCUCAUUAAAGUCUUCUUGAGGAAGAUCCUGAAAUAGGUGAAUCCAAAGAUAAGCUCUAAGAAAUCUAAACUAAGCAUAACAUGAUUGUAGAACUUCGCUGUUGAGCUCCAUUGGUUCCUUAACUAAGUCUUAAAGAUGCAACUUGUUGCCGAGUGGCCCAAAUUAUGCCUAAUUUUUAUUUACACAAUAAUCAUUUGUAAAAGAUAUAAAUCGACAAAGUUAUUGUUAAAUUUUAGAUAAUUUUUGAGUGUUCAGGCCUGGUACUCAUAAGACUACUUUUGAAAAUUAUGAUCGAAUCAUGUUUUAUCUGGUAUGUCUAUGUAGUGAAAGAUUUUCUACUUUCUCGUCUUUCUCACUAGCCUAGCUUCAAGUACAAAAAUGGUUGGUCACCAAAAUAAUCAUUGUCUUUAAAUUCAAUGUUAAUGUUUAAAGUCAAUGAUUGUAUAAAUUCAAAAUAAUAGGGAAACCAUAAGUCUGGACAUACCAAAAUAUUUACUUUUGGUUUGUCUCAUCAUUAAUCUCAACAGGAUUCAAUCAUUCAAAAGAUUUAGCCAUCAAUCUUAUGGUUAAAUAAGCUGCUAGCAAGCAAACAUUUUCAAAAGUCCUGAGUCAUCAAUCUCGGAUGCUUUAGUAUUUUAUUGCUUACUAAUUUGGCUGAAUCUCAAAUUUCAAAUUUUCUCAGAUAAUCCUCAUGUUUAAAACUAAUGGCUUAAAUAUAGUUAUUGCAUCGAUACUAGUUUAGGAUCAAUGAUCAUACAAAUAACAGAACUCCUUGUCUCAAAAUAUUUCAUGUUUCUUUGAUCUUCAGUGGAUAAAAUCUACUUAUACUUCGAUUGGGUUCUAAAUCUUUCUCACAAUAUUUACUAGUUCUGCCAGGAUAAGCGAAAAUACAUAAAUCAGAGUGUCCAUCCGAUGUGGGAUUACGAGACUGUGCUCCAGCAGAUGGAGCAGACCAGGCAGUGCUGCCCAAUUGCUUAAGAGAAUCAAUUAAAUAAUUGAGACUGUGAAUGCAGAGAUCUUCAGAAGUCUUCAAUAUCAGAGCAUUGACAAAGAAACCUGCAUCAAGAAAGUGAAAACGAAUACAAAGAGACUCAACCAAACCUGCUCAGCAGCAAACGAUUCAUGAGAGUCAAGAGAAUGGACAAAUAGCCCAUGACAAGGGAACUCAAAAAUCUAGUGAACUUAGUGAAAAUGACAAAGAGACCUUAGGAGACGCCAAAGGAAUCAUUAACAGAAGGAAAUGCUCUACAAAGCUCAACAUCAAAGCAAAAAUUAUUAAGCUUCGUGAUUACCUGCUCACAAAUAGUGAAGCAUCUUUUAAAUGUUCAAUGAAGAAAAGGAGAUGAUCCAAAGACACUACUUUGAAAAGACGCUCUAAGUACAUCGGAGUGUCCAAAAAUAAUACUCACUGGCAGGCUUUCAUCACCGUCAAAAGAGUCAAGAGAUACAUCGGAAUAUUCUUCGAUGAACUAGAGGCAGCCAGAACAUACGAUUUGUAUGCGGUCGCAAUGAAAUGGAAGAGCGCAUUCCUUAACUUUAACUAUAUUUGGUAUAAGAUGCUAGAAGUGAUAAAUUUCUAUCUAGCCCAAGGCAGAGUAAAUAUGGAACUACCUUAUGGGAAGUCAACCCAAGCGACAAUAAUGUAUCCUCUUAAUAUCCAACUCCAUUUCUGGUUAAUAAAUUUAGGAAUAAAUCGUAUAUUUUAAAUUCCGCCUAUCUAUGCUUCCACACUAAAACCUAAAGCCUUAUUGUUUGCCUUCUUUGGCUUAUGACAGAGACCAUGCUUCUUGAAGCCUGGCAUCUCACUGGCAACCU